UCGAUAUAGUCACAUCAAAUUUGUUAGCGGUAACUGUAACAAUGAAACAUUUUCUUCCUUCUCUGUGUCUGCUGGGAUUUCUUCUGCGUGCCUUGACUCAAUGCCCUGUCCACACCUCAGAGUUUCAGCUGGAAGGAGAUUAUUUGAUAGGUGGACUUUUUGAUGUUCAUCAUGUCGAUGGCCCUGUUUAUCAUGACAGACCAGAAACCAUCGACUGCGCCAGUGAAAACUUAACUGAAUCAAGUUAUCGGAGGUUUCAGCUGAUGAGAUUCUCUGUAGAGGAAAUCAACAACUCUACCAACCUACUGCCAAAUGUAUCUCUUGGCUAUGAGAUAUUUGACCACUGCUCAGAUAUACAGAACUUUCCAGGAAUUUUGAAUCUCAUCUCAGUCAAUGGCUUGAUCCAACCUUGGGGUGAACCACAGAAGAAUCUGUCCAGUGUGUCCAAAGUGAUAGCAGUGGUCGGCACCUAUACAAGCACUGAGACACUGAGUGUGGCUCCACUAUUCAUGAUGAAUCUCAUUCCUAUGGCACCUACUUCAGUGUGUUCCCCAGAAUGUCCUGUGGGACAUGCAAAAAAGCAAGAUGGGAUCCACAAAUGCUGCUUCAAUUGUGAAAUCUGUCUGAAUGGAACUUAUGUCAACAGCACAGAGGAUCCCUACAAGUGCAUCGACUGUAAGGAGACAGAAUGGUCUGCAGAAGGAAGUACAUCAUGCAAUCUGCGGGUGGUGGAGUACACCCCAUUCACAGACAGUGAGGCUAUACUGAUCAUGGUCGGGGCCUGGGCCCUGGUGGGCCUCACACUAGCCAUGUCUGUUCUCUUUGCCAUCAACUACAACACCCCUAUUGUCAGAUCUGCUGGGGGACCCAUGUGCUUCCUAAUUUUAGGCUGCCUCAGUCUGUGUAGUCUUAGUGUGUUCUUUUACUUUGAUAAGCCAACAGUUUCUUUCUGUAUCUUAAGGCUCUUACCAUUCAUUUUGUUCUACACUGUCUGUCUGGCAUGUUUUGUUGUGCGAUCUUUUCAAAUUGUUUGCGUUUUCAAAAUGGCUGCCAAGUUCCCCAAGCUCUACAGUUGGUGGAUAAAAUAUCAUGGACAAUGGCUGGUCAUCACUGGGGCUUUUGUUAUUCAGGCACUCUUUCUUCUCAUUGGCUAUUCUUGUGGACCUCCCAAGCCCUACAAUGAAACACGUUGGUACCCAGACAAAAUAAUACUGAGCUGUGACAUGGGUCUGAAAGCAAACUCUGGUUCUGUGAUUUUACUUUUGUCUUUGUGCUCUCUUUGCUUCAUUUUCUCCUACAUGGGAAAAGACCUCCCAAAAAAUUACAAUGAGGCCAAAGCAAUAACAUUCUGCCUGCUCCUGCUGAUCCUCACCUGGAUCAUCUUCUCUACCGUGCACGUGCUUUACCGUGGAAAGUACAUCCAAACUCUUAACGCUCUUGCAGUACUCUCCAGUCUCUUCUCCUUUCUGUUGUGGUAUUUCCUCCCAAAAUGUUACAUCAUCAUUUUUCAACCCCACAAAAACACACAGCAGUACUUCCAAGGUCUCAUUCAGAAUUACACAAAAACAAUUAGCCAGUAGCAGCUCUCUGUAAUUAUGUGUCACUGUAGACAGAGGAACUGUUGUGCUUCAGGCCUUCUUGUCAAAAAGAUACAUAUACUAAAUGAAAUCUUGACAUGAAGUCUUGUUCUUUUGGUGUAACCUAACUGUGUUAACAAAAUUUGAUUAGUUGCUGGGUUGUUCUACUGAGUAAUGUAUUAAUGAGGGAUGCAGUCAUACAGUUAUUUAGUUAGGGAUGGUUGGCAUCUCAUAGCCCUACUCCCAACAUGCUGAUGCUAAGCAGGUGUAAUGUUUAGCCUGACAAAAUGCUAGAAUUGGCUAAUUAGCACUAAACAGUGCAACUAGGAAUGUCUUUACCAAGCAAUUUAGUCAUAAACCAACAAAUUUAAAUUUUUACCAGAUGAUGGCACUGGAUGAACAGUUGUAAGGGAUCACCAAAGUAAUUAAAAUUCUUCCUGAGGUGUAUAUGAAUGUUGAAACUGAAAUUCAUUCAGUCCAUCCAAUGGUUGUUGAGACAUUUCACUCAAAACCAAAAGUUUUCAAUUAUUCUGUGAAACAUCUCAAAAUCGAUUUUGAGUGAUUAGCCCAAUUUUUUUUUCACUCAUUCAUUUUUUUUCAAAUGUCAUGGUUCCUGAACAAUGAAUCCCACUACUUGCUGAUCAUCUGACAUUUUCUCUAGCACCACCCUGAGGUUAACAUUUGGUGGUUUUGAGUGAAAUGUCUCAGCAACAAUUAAAUGGAUUGGCAUGACAUUGGGUAAAAACAUUCAUGACCCCAUCAGGAUGAAUUGUAAUGACUUUUUCUUAAUUUAUCAUCUAGCGCCAUCAUCUGGUCCAGAGCUGGUUGCUGGCAUAAG